AUGUUGCCUGCCAUCGAAGACUUGAGUUCCAGCAGCAGCGCUGGUCCUGAGUUGGAUGAAGGGCAUACGCUGGUCCCCAAAGUUCGAGAGAGGAAGAAAAAACGGAAGGCUGAUGAGGGCACUGUGCCCUGUGACCUUGAAACGACGUUGAGAGGAGUUUUGGGGAAAAAGUGUGGGUGCAAGAAACAUUGCUUUGAACCCUUCAGAGAAGAUAGCAAGUUCGUGGAAUUGCUGCAAUUUCGGCAGAGCUGGAAUGAGCUCCACAAAACCGACCAAGACAAGAUGGAUGCUUGGUUGCGUUGGGAGGCAGUGAACGAUGGGGCAUCAGCUCCACCGGUGGACUUGAGAUACUUAAACCGACCGGGCGUCGAGGCUGAGGUUGCUACAUGUCGUUCGGACAUUCUUUCAUUCCUGUCCGAGAUCUACAACUCGAUCGCAGAAACAUUACCGGACUUCCGUGAUGACACCUUUGAUGUAGAGACCAGUCUGGAAAUUGUGAAGCCAGAUGUGGACACCGCAGAUCCAUACUCUGAAGCAACAGCAGCAGUGUGUCGCAAGCAGCAGGCGCCCAGGGCCAUCCGGAUCAGCCAGGCGCUCAGAUUUGGUGGUUUCUUGCGCGCGCGAGUUUUGUUCACCUUUCCGUCCGUUCCAAUUCAGGUUCUGGCAAGUUUCGGCGAUAGGUCCGAUGACGACUUUGAGGAGAAGGUGCAGCUGGAAGAAAAGCCGGCAAGGCGCAAGGUUAAGGAACAAGAGAAGAUCGAGUGUAUCUCCCUGUUCGCGGGCGUUGGUGGCCUCGAUGUCGGGCUAUCACCGCCGGACGCUCAGCUGUCUGCCAAAAUUCCUUUCUCGCAGCAGCUUGGUGACCUUGAAGACUUGAUCUUGCGAAAGAUUGGCUCGAUGCAAGCCAGUGGUACUGGCACGACCGCCAGUGGGUGCGAGUCAAUGCAGUGGAGAAGCGCGGCAGGGAAGAACCAGGAAGCCCUUUUUUUGAAGAAUGUUGCGGCGCUGAUCAGUGGCCAAGAGAAUUGCAGAAGAAUGUGGUGCCGGAUUGCCAAGGACGCUUUCCCUUCCUGCAGCUUCUGGGCCGAACGCCCUUGGAACCAGGAGAGUGCAGUGGUGCUUGAGAGGUUGCCCGAAUGGCGCGGAUCACUCACCUUGCAAGGCUUGGGACGGGGUGUGGACAAUGGCUUGAAACAGGGUUGGCAGGGUCAGGCGCAGCUGAAGUUUCUGAAGUUGAACAGCAGUGCCAGUCUCGGGGAUGUCACAGCCGCGGAGAGUGUUGUGAAGAAAGUCACAAACUGGUUGCGCGACAAUGUGGUGAAGAUUGGUGGACCGGAUCUCUACUUCAACGCGAAGUAUGCUUCCAAGCUGGAAUUCGCUCAGUGGCUUGAUCAAGCUUUCCCUUGCGACGACAGGCUGACCACGGGUGACAGCUUUGCUGUGCAUUUCGAAAUCAGGUCUGACAUGGGCCUCAGCGGGUUCAUUGAACCUGAGCAGCUUUUGUUGCUGUCAGAGCUUUACCUUUGUGACGGGUUCAAGACAAACUCUGACAUGGCUGGAGUGGAGCGACUAGCCAUUGUAUCCAAGUUGGACUCCUCCUUCCUGGAGAGUACUUACACCGAUCUCCCAUGCUUGCCAGAUGCUGGAGAUCUUCUGCCACCUUUCUCUGUAGCCUAUGUGAAGGGCUACCGAAGGUCUGUGACAGCUCUCAUAGUGGCAGAAGCCGUUCGCUGCCUCAACAUUUUGGACGAAGUCUCGGAGAACUACAAGGAAUCCAUGCGAGCAGUCUACACCACCGUUGGAGACUACAACCAUGUUCAAGACCAAGUCCUCACCGCACGAGGCAUCAGCAUGUCAAGCACUGCUACCCGCAAAAGCCCUCACUGCUUCAAUUUCAUCCGACAAAUGCAAGUCCUGACACGGGCUGGUGUGGAGAAGGAAGCGUCUGAGGCGUGGCAGACCGCGGGCCAACUUGCGAAAGCGUUUGGCAUUGGAAAGAACGAGUCGCAGGCUAUCUUUCAGUUGGUCAACCAUGCAUUGCUGCUGAUUCAACGCAUGAUCCUGGAUUGGGACAAGCUGCCGCCAUCCCUCCGCAAACCAUGGAACGUGAAGGACACCACCACCUUGCACAGUGCCUGCGCCGGGUACCUGCAUUUCAUGUCUGUGUUGCAGCGGAAGAUUCCGAAAGCGGACUACGACUCUUCUGCGGCAGGAUUGAGAGAACAAUUCCUCUCUGGAUUUCUCGAUGUGGAGAUUUUGCAGACGCUCGAGUCUUCUGCGCCGCCGCUUAAUCUUGAGGAUGUUGGAUUUCUCAGGGAGCUAGCAGACAAGGUUGCGGCUGCUACCUUUGCGCAGAUCGAGUUGAAGUACAAACAAGACAUGCAGGUCCUUGAGAAGGACUUUCUUCCCUCGAAGGAUCGUGAGGCGCGGGAGGCUGCGCUGGACAUGCGCUACUUGCAGAACAGACAGAAGGGCCAAAAUUUUACUCGGCAGUGGAUGACGAAGAAUGCUCACCUGGUUGAGACGGAAGACACUAUGUCAUCGGCCGUGCGAGACUUGAUGAAAUUUGUGGGGGAGAAGCCAGAUGGUGGCGAGACGAGCCUCGCCACAAAAGGUCGCCAAUUGUACAUGUUGGCUUUGAUGGACGCGACCAUUUUCCCGUCGAACGCCAAAGUGUUGAGCAGCACCACGCAAGCCAUGUCCACCGUCCUGGCGAUGAGUGGCAGCAAGAACGUUGGGCAUGUGCAACUCCCCAUUGCGCAGAGCAACACCAACACUACCGCUCUUGUGACCCAUCGGAGGAAGAUUGAAGAUGGCUUCAUCAGUGCGAAAGGUCUGGCUGCGCACAUCAGCAUUCUUGAUGCAUAUAUUUCUGGCCUCACCCUCGAGCAGAAGGACGAGAUCAUAGUUGUGGACUUGAUGCCCAACAGGUGGCUGGAGUUUGGUCGCGCCGUGGUGAAGCAGAAGCUGGAAGACAAGUGGAAGAACUUGAGAUACAUCGCAUUCAUUCGUGAUCAGCACAAGGACGUGGUCCAAAUGGUGGAGGAAUCUGUCUAUACAUGGUGGGAUGGCUCAAAUGUGGCACCAUCGAAAACACGACCUCAUGAGGCAACUGCUGACCCGAAUCUUUGCCUCCUUCUUUGGGAAGGGGGUCGCCCGAGGUUGCCAAGCUCUGUGUUGGACAAAUUCGCACGUGGGACAGAGCAGUUCAAUGCUGUCAUGGACUUUGACAAGGAUCUCAAGAAGAAGUGGCCAGAACCUAACGCUGCCCACCAGCCGCCGCCUCCAACUUCCAAAGGUCCGACCACCGUCACUACUCGCGCCACUGGUUCGCCAGACUUUACUGGAACCGAUGUCCUUGACCUCACUCGCGAAGUUGACCUGAUGAAAAUUCCAUCUGAGAGCUUUGCAGAAGAGCGGCCACAAAAGCCAUCCAUUCUGGUGUCCAAAUCUUUUGGCCUGUUCUUGGGGAACUUCACGCCGGAUGAGAUGGUUCUCCAAGCUGGUGAGAUUUUUGGAUUCAACGUCGGCGCUUUUCAAGUGCAGAUUGUCCGUGGAACUGGGCAUCAGGAGGCAACCGUUUUACCUUGGCGCCUGACGAGUGACAUGACUCUUGUUGCGUACGAGAAGGUUGCCAUGCCUUUGUCCAGUUUCCUUUGCAAGAUGGCAAGGGAAAGGGGCAUUGCGGAGUUUUCCAUUUGGGAUCAUGACAUCGAGCCGAAGAUGCAGACCGUUACUGAGAACGGAUCGGAAGUGAAAGUCCCAGUUCAGAUUCAAACUGGUGGCUCCAUUCCAAAAGUCGUGCCUUUGAAACCGAAGUUCUACUUGACCGCCGCAAUCCGAGACUACUCCCAAGAGCAAGAGCGCCCCAAAGAGGUGAUCUCUGCCCAGGAACUUGUGAAAGCGCAGCUUGAAGCGGGGCAAACUAUCGACUACUGCAAGGAUAUGGCUGCGGCUUUGAAAAGCCAGAUCCCUGUUUCAGAGACCAGCCAGAUCCGGGUGGAAGGGGCAGCGGCAGAUGAUGGCGCGGGCGAUGAUGAUGAUAUGGAGCCCGAAGGGGAGGAAGAGGAACAACGUGAAGAAGAUGCACCGGAGAAUGUGGACUGA